UACAGAUUGAUUGUCGUAAGGCAGCCCUGUGUCAAAUUGCCAUUGGGGGGCUGCGCAGGCUCGAGGCAAUGAGGCAAUUAUGACUUUCAGUUUCUUAUCACUGCAAGGUACCUUUAGUAUCUCAAUGUCUGCUCCAUGCUUUUUAGGAUCUUACCCAGGUACUCGUGCUCAAAUAACAGUACCAAUUAAACCGAUCUGUACACUUGUACCAAGUAAGCCAGCCAUCCGUACGACGGUGACUGCUGACCUCGCAGAGCUUUAAUGUUCCCACUUGUUGGUUCUCGUAGCCAGACACAAGUGAGAACGUGUUCCGAAAC